AUGGGCACGGAUUUCGCGAACUGGCUAAUCGACUGCCACAGGAAGUACGACAAGGAGUUCCACUUCCGCGAACCCAUGUCGUCACCUCCAGAUCCGGCGUGCAGGCACUACAAGAUGGCGAAUUUCGGAAGCGGGACGAACUCACGAGUAUUCGAAUCCCACAAGACGAAAGUGAAGCUGAAGGCCAAGAAAGUGUACGGAACGAUCAAUUUCUUCGAAGAGAAGGAGGAUGAAUUUGGACUUCUUGUUAAAUUCUUCAGUUUCCAGCGUUGGCCAAAGGAGGUAUACGGCAACACGGACCCUGCGAAAGGUCUCCUCGUAAUCGCGAACCUUGACACCGGGGAGUGA